UGUGUAUAUGGAUGGUUCAGCAGUGAGUCUCCAGCUGCCGAGCAGAGUGGAGCGCACAACGGAAGACACCAAAGAUAUUUCUCUUCUGGGCUUUCGUUUACUUGUUUUUUUUUUUUUAAUGUGAACGAGAAUAUUUGGACGGAGGACGCAGAAAAAUGGAGGGACGCCGCUGCUCUUUAUCCUUACGGGGAGCUUUAUCAGUCUUCUCCUUUACUAUGUUGCUGGUGUCCGGGACUGCCGGUUUGCCCCCUUUUUACUUGACUCCAAAACAGCUUUGUAUGUUCUGUGACCUGGAGCUUUCCUCCUGUAGUGGUACAGGGACUUGCAUGUCCAACUGCUCUAUCACAUCCAUCUGUGAGGGACCCAGCGAGGUCUGUGUCGCUAUAUGGCGAAAGAAUGAGACAGCCUUCUCUAUCGAAACUCUCUGUCACGACCCGUCCAAGCCUCUGUAUGGCGUUAUACUGGAUGACUACAACAGUUCCACCUGUGUGAUGAAGGAAAAGAAUACAACGAGCGGGAUGGCUCACGUCUGUUCCUGUACCAAAGAGGACGAGUGUAACGACAAACUGCUAUUCCCCCCCAUUGUGGAUCCUACCCCGGAUGAUCCGCUGGUGUCUGUGAUUCUGGUCAGCCUGCUGCCCCUGAUGGUGAUGAUUGUGGCUGUGGGAAUGUUCUACUGCUACAGAGCCUAUCAGCAACGCAUACUCAACCAAGAGAAGGAGAGCAGCAUAAAGAAGCGCAAGCCUAAAGCCGGUGGGCUGGACUGCAGCGACGCCUGUGCCAUCAUGAUGGAUGACGACAGGUCAGACAGCAGCUCGACGCACGCCAACAGCCUGAACCACAACACUGAGCCGCUGCCUAUAGAGCUGGAUCUUCUGGUGGGAAAAGGUCGCUUUGCCCAAGUGUACAAGGGUAAGCUGAAGCAGACCACCUCAGACCAGUUUGAAACCGUGGCUGUGAAGAUCUUCCCCUAUGAAGAGUACGCCUCCUGGAAGAACGAGAAGGAUAUCUUCUCCAAUACAGACCUCCGACAUGAAAACAUCCUCCACUUCCUGACAGCUGAGGAGAGGAAGGUGGAGAGACAGUACUGGCUCAUCACUGCCUUCCAUCCCAGAGGAAACCUACAGGAGCACCUGACACGUAAUGUGAUCAGCUGGGAGGAGCUGCAGGUGCUGGGAAGCUCUCUGGCCCGGGGUGUCGCCCACCUCCACAGUGACCGCCUACCCUGUGGACGCCCUAAGGUGGCCAUAGUCCACCGAGACCUGAAGAGCUCCAACAUCCUGGUGAAGAACGACUUGACGUGCUGCCUGUGUGACUUUGGAUUAGGACUCCGUCUGGACAGCAGCCUGUCUGUGGAUGACCUUGCCAACAGUGGACAGGUGGGUACGGCACGUUACAUGGCUCCAGAGGUUCUGGAGGCCCGACUGAAUCUGGAGAGCAUGGAGUCCUUCAAACAGACCGACAUUUACUCCAUGGCCCUUGUGCUUUGGGAGAUGACGUCGAGGUGUGAAGCUAUUGGAGAGGUGAAGGAGUAUGAGCCUGCAUAUGGCUCUAAAGGGCGAGAGCACCCCUGUGUGGAGAGCAUGAAGGACAAUGUGCUGAGAGAUCGACGAAGACCCGAGAUCCCCGACACCUGGCUCAGGCAUCAGGGUGUGGCUGUGAUCUGCGCCACCAUCAUGGAAUGCUGGGACCAUGACCCCGAGGCCCGACUCACCGCCCACUGCAUUGCCGAACGCAUCUCCGCCAUGGAGGAUGAGAUGGACAAACUGUCCAGCCGCAGCUCCUCAGCAGAGAAAAUCCCAGAGGAGCUGAAGAUCCCCAUAGAGGUGGAGAUCCCGGAGGAGAUGGUGAAAAUCACAGAAAUACAGGACAUCAUAGCCGUGGACUGCUCCGUGAGCGACGAGAAGUGAGAGGAAGCUCUGCAUUCUCAAGGACUCCAUGGGACAUCUUUCAACAGGGGCACUUAUUCUACUUUGAUCUGAUGGGAGAAAGUGAUGACCAGGAGUUGAGCUCCUGCGUCCCCAGACUUUGAGUUGAGUCACAGUGUCAUGUCUAAUUCUAGCUCAGCAAAGAGGGACUCUUGGUGAUGCUUUCAGACUUCUUCCACUUCUGCAAUGAAACAACUUGCCUUAAUAAGCUGAAAAGCAAAAGAGCCAAAAAGCCAAAGUUAACUGGAAGCUUCCAAAAUGUGCUGAGCGUGGAGACAGUAUUUUGUAAAGAGUCAGACAGGCUUCUCUCUCUUUAUGAAAAAUUAACAGGGCAAUACCUAUUAAACCAAAGACAUCUGAUGUGCACUUUACAAUGUAAUACUUACGCAUUACAGCUUUGUUGCCAUUUUCAUAUGUUCUUGUAUUUUAACAUGUUGGAGUUAAGGUGAGUUUUUGCCUAAAAGUGCCUUUGUGCGUCUGACUUUGAGCCAGCAGAGAUGUCACCUUAACACUAACAGUGCUGUGGACUCCAUCCCUGUGUGUGUGUGUGUGUGUGUGUGUGUAUGUGUGUGUGUGUGUGUGUGUGUGUGUGUGUGUGUGUGCAUAAAC